CACUUCUCUUUAGAACAUAGAUCUUAGAUGGGUUGGAAGGGAAUAUUGGGUUUCGAAUAUGGAAUCAUACAGGCACCUUUAGGACCCGAUAUCUCAGGACCUGAACUCGUCGCUGCCGUCGCCAAUGCAGGCGGAAUCGGCCUUCUUAGAGCUCCCGAUUGGGAAUCACCGGAUCAUUUGAGGAAACUGAUAGCGCAAACGAGAAAACUUACAGACAAAGGUUUUGGAGUUGGAGUUAUUCUCGCAUUUCCUCACGAGGAGAAUAUAAGAGUUAUACUGGAAGAGAAGGUUGCGGUUCUGCAGCUUUAUUGGGGUCAAUGUACACAGAUGUUAGUCGAUCAGGCUCACAGAGCCGGGGUUAAAGUCGUGCCCCAGGUUGGGAGCGUAGAAGAAGCUAAGAAGGCUAUUGAUGUUGGAGUCGAUGCAAUUAUCGUACAAGGACGUGAAGCAGGAGGACAUGUUAUUGGUCAGGAAGGAUUAAUUUCGCUGGUGCCCAAGGUAGUUGACCUUGUCGGUGAACGAGACAUUCCGGUUAUUGCUGCUGGAGGAAUUGCAGAUAGCAGAGGUUAUGUUGCUGCUCUGGCCUUGGGUGCUCGGGGAAUCUGCCUAGGAACAAGGUUUGUUGCUACGGAGGAAAGUAAAGCACAUCCAAUAUACAAGAGGAAGUUGGUUGAGCUUGAAGAAACCGAAUACACAGACAUAUUUGGCAGGGCAAGGUGGCCCGGGGCACCACAACGAGCCUUAAGGACAGAGUUUAUGUCGGAAUGGAUUAGUCUUCCAAAAGAGGAGAACGAGACCAAUCAGCCCAUUAUUGGACACUCGACCAUACACGGAAUGGAGAAAGAUGUGAGAAGAUUUGCAGGGACAGUUCCAAAUGCAACAGCAAGUGGUGAAAUUGAAAGCAUGGCAAUGUAUGCUGGCCAAGGAGUAGGUUUAAUCAAGGAAAUAUUACCUGCUGCUGAAGUUAUCAAUUGCCUUGUUUCAGGAGCUCAACUUCUCAUCUCCACAACCUUUUAGGGCACUGAUAAUCAGAGUUUUUUCAUUCCCAGAGACUGAGAACUCUUUUGAGUGGCUUGUAUCAAAAUUUCAAUUAUUAGCAAUAAAGUUAUUGAAGAGUUUGAAAUGAAACCCACAUUUGAUGGGUAGUAGCCUAAAGAGAAGAGAUUGAUCUUUUCUCAAGGUCAAAGUUUGUUUCAUGAUAGGUAUAAUUUAAUUUACA